GGCAUACGAGUGCCAAAGCGCGGGAGAUCGAUUAUUGCACGUAGGAACUUUGUCGUCGUCGCCCCCGAUUCAAGAUACAGAACCGGGACUGUGUGUUUUACUUGCGCAAUUCUUACUCCGCAGUUACCUAUUCGUCGCUGGCCACGUGUCCAAGGGAACGAGCUUUUACGCUGAAGCCGGAUUUGUGGGUAUACAGAGGCUUAGGUAGAUCUAAGCGUUGGGUGAAAAAUUAUUGUCAUGGAGAAUGAUGUCGUAGCGUGUAAGCCCUUAAUUUUAAGACAAAAAUAUAAAAGUAUGUAUACAACGACGCCCGCGAUAUAUUCUUAUAUAUAGUGACUAUGAAAGGCCGAUUAUCGGGAAUCGAGUCGCGAUUGAAAAAUAUGCAUUAUUCAUAAUUUUUAUUUACAACAAGUGUUGUGCCAGGAAAACGAAUGGUUUCCGAAAGCUUUAGUCUCGUGUGGGUGGUCCACCAGAAGAUAUGGGUCAGAAAUCCGCUGACCAAUGUCAGGACUCAGGCCAAAAGGCUGACGAGAUCAGAGGCGAUGAUUUGGAGGUGGUUCUUCGAAAACUAUCCAGAGAGGGGUAAUGUUCGAGGGAGAUGUUUAAAGAGCUGCGCGACACGCGCUCUGCUCAGUCGACGUCCUGGCCUCGCUACGACGAAGUCGUUUACACAUGCCGCAAAUACUGAACACUUUAUUGGGCCUGCGCGUGAACGAUAAUCCUGAGUAACUAAACCGAUGUGGAGUCGUGCAUCAAUAUAUCUAGUUGAAGUUCCAUGGCUUUGAGAUCAGUCAAGGUUACGUAAACUGACGUAUUUUAAUUAGAAGUUUGUUUUUGAUGGUAAAAUAUUAUGACAACACUUGUCUAAAGAUUAUUCACGUCAUUGGCACUUGAGUCGAGCCACGCACAGACUUAGUUAGUUUACGCAGUUGCGAGCGUAACAUGGAACUGCUCCUUCUUUUCGCGUUACUUCUUUUCGUUCUCUACUUUUACCUCAAGUACGUGGUGUACGAUGUUUGGCGUCGGGCGGGAAUUCCUCACGACAGACCUUCGAUACCCCUUGGAACUUUGCCUUUGGACUAUAUUCGAAGGAAAGCCACCUUAGGAUCGAUUCUAACGAACAGUUACAAAAGGUACAAAAGGUUUCCUCUUCACGGUGUCUACGUGAUCUACAAGCCAGUCCUUGUCAUCACCGAUCCCAAGAUCAUUCAGCUGGUGCUGGUGAAGGAUUGCAACAUUUUUCUAGAUCGUGGCUUCUACGCCGAUCCGGAAAAAGACUUGAUAUCUCUCAGUUUAGCGAGAGUCAAUGGCGAAAGAUGGAGAAUACUGCGACGUCAAUUGUCUUCGUCUUUCGCACCGAAAAAAAUUAAGUUCAUGUUUCUCAUGGUGAAGGAAUUUUGUGAACGACUUAUCGAAAUCUACGAAGAUGAACUUCGAGAGUCCGACGUUGUCAGGAUCGACGAAUUGACCUCAAGGUUUACCAUAGACUGCGCAUUCGCAACGUUGUUCGGCUUUAAUUGCAACCUACUGAAGAAUCCUGACAACGACUUUUACAAGUAUGGCAAACAAAGCAAUGAGCAAGGUGUAAUUUACAGUAUUAUUAGCUUUUUCCUUCCGGAACUGGCAGCUUUGUGCCGAAUUCCCAAAGUCAGGAGGGACACCAACUCGUUCUUCGAACGCUUCUUCGAGAACAUGAUAGACUGUCAGAAGAAGAAGAAUAUGGCGGAAAAUAAUCUUCUGGGCGCGAUGAUGCAGUUGAUGAAAGGUGGAUCGAAUCGUGAGCUUGAUGAAAACACCAAACUUACAACUCAGGAAGCUGCAGCUCAAUUGGUGACCUUUUUCGCACCAAGUCAAGGCAUGCCAGCGUUUGUAAUUAUUCACUGCCUUUACGAGUUAUCGCUUAACCCGGAGGUUCAGGAAAGAUUGUACAAGGAAAUAUACGAAACCGCAUGUCGCUCUGAAGAACUGACUUACCGAACGCUUAGCGAACUUUCGUACCUUAAUUUAGUUUUGCAAGAAACAUUGAGAAAACACACACCAUUGCCAGUACUUAAUCGCAUAGCCAUCGAGGAUUUUUCUAUUCCCGAUUCGGAUAUCGUGAUAAGGAAAAACACGAGGAUCGCUAUUUCGACCCAUGGGUUACAUCAUGAUCCUGACAUCUACCCUGAUCCGGAAAAAUUCGAUCCGACCCGCUUCACACCAGAGAACAAAGCCAAAAGACAUUCCAGCACUUAUCUGCCCUUUGGAACUGGACCGAGAUUCUGCAUAGGUAAACAGCAAGGUAUUCUCAUACCGAAACUUGCUCUUUUUUAUCUUCUCCUCAACUACAAAUUCUCCGUUUGCGAUAAUACACCUGCCAAUUUGGAGUACUUGCCAGAACAUUUGAUAUUAAUUCUCAAAAACGAGAUUUACUUGAGAAUAGAGAAAAGAAAAGAACUUGACCACGUGCAUCAACCCGAUUUCCGUUGAAACUGCGACGAAUUCCGUAUUGUGUACAUUUGAAUAUUAUUUUUAAUCACAUACAAAUUGAUAAAAUAAAAGUCUUCAUACCGCUCCA